AUGAAGACACUUCUUGGGAGACGUUUUAAGGCUGUAAACGUGCAGAACACCGAAAAUUCAAGACGAGCGUAUCAGCAACUUUUAUUUUCCACAGACGCUUCCCUGGCCAAAAACAUUUCUGGUGUGAUCCUCCACCAUGAGGCACUAUAUGAAAAAGUGGAUGAUGGAACUCCGCUAGUUCGGCUAUUGCAGGUAGGAGAGUAA